AUGAAUCGAGUGUCACUGGAUAAAUUAGUGGAGUUGCAGAAAAAUGUCAAAUGCAUCAGGAAUGUCUGCAUAUUGGCCCAUGUUGACCACGGCAAAACGACAUUAGCUGAUGCACUUGUGUCUAGCAAUGGCAUUAUAUCACAAAAAAUGUCAGGCAAGCUGAGAUACAUGGACAGCCGAGAGGACGAGCAAAUUCGUGGCAUAACCAUGAAAUCAAGUGCUAUCUCACUUCAUCAUCAGAUGGAAGGUGCAAAGGAAUUCCUAGUGAACCUGAUCGACUCUCCCGGCCACAUCGACUUUUCAGGAGAUGUGUCAACGGUAGUGCGCCUGUGUGAUAGUGCAAUUGUAGUGGUUGAUGUAGUCGAAGGUGUUUGUCCACAGACGCAUGCAGUGUUAAAGCAAGCCUGGCUCCAGAACAUAGUCCCAGUGUUAGUGCUGAAUAAAAUGGACAGACUGAUCAUCGAGUUGAAAAUGAAUGAAGAAGAAGCUGAACUGAGAAUUUUACAAAUCCUACAAAAAGUCAAUGCCUUAAUUGGAGAGCUCUUUACCAGUGAUGUGUUGGCCAAAUUUUCCAAGGAGAAUUCAGAAUCAAAAAAGUUGAAGAGUGAAAAUAUUAACCAAUUUGAUCUGAAUGAUUGGACGGUUGGCUUGGAUGAAGUCGACGAUUCGCUCCUUUACUUUUCGCCAGAACAAGGAAAUGUUGUUUUUGCCAGCGCCUACGACGGCUGGGGAUUUAGAACAUCUCAAUUUGCUGAAUUGUACUCAAAGAAGCUCGGUGUUAGUGAAAAGGUUUUAAAAAGAACCAUUUGGGGAGAUUAUUAUCUAGAUCUGAAGAAUAAAUGCAUCAAGAAAGGUGCCAGGACAAAGAAUAAAAAAUCAUUAUUCGUUCAGCUCAUCCUAGAGAACAUUUGGAAAGUGUAUAAUUCUCUGCUGAUUCACAAAGAUAAGACAUUGGUGGAGAAAAUAGUGAAAGCGUUAGAAUUGAAAGUUUUGCUCAGAGAGUCUGAUCUGAAGUCGACCAACCAGACUGUCAUCCAGUCCAUCCUUCAAUCCAUCUUUUACCAAUGGUUACCUGUUUCAAAAGCCGUCUUAAAUAUGGUUUGUGAGUUGCUCCCUGACCCGUCCAGUAUGUCCGACGAACGAGUGAUGAAUUUUCUUAGAGGAUCAUCAUUACCAUCAACAUCAUCAUCAUCAUCUCUAGAGUCUCUACCUCCUGAGACAAUCAAAUUGAAAGAUGAUCUGAUGAGAUGUCGGGCCUCAGAUGACGCUCCUCUGAUCGUCUUCAUUUCAAAGAUGUUCCCAUUCGAGAAAAAAUUUCUACCCAAGAAUAAGCAGAGGCCUUUAACAUGUGAGGAAAUAGAAGAGAGGAGAGAGAUGCUGUUGAGGAAAAGAAAAUUAAAGGAAGCGCAAAGUACACAGACAACAACAAACACGGCAACAAACACAACAACAAGCACAACAACGAACGCAAUAACAACAAACCCAACAAAAGACAACACAACAAAUACAACAAAAGACACAACAACAUACACAGCAACAAACACAGCAACAAACACAACAACAUCAACAAACGCAACAGCAACAAACACGGUGUUCAUAGCCUUUGCACGUGUGUUCAGUGGUACGUUAAAGAAAGGUCAAAAAUUAUAUGUCUUUGGUCCCAAACAUCACCCAUCCAUUGUAAACCCCGAACAACCAGCGCAUCAGCAGCAACUUCUGGACAGCCUUUUGAAGAAGAGGAACAUACAGGAGUGCAGAGUUGGCGAGCUGUACAUGCUAAUGGGCAGGGAUGUGAAUGAGGUUCAGGAAGUGCCUGCUGGCAAUAUUGUCGGUAUCGCAGGAUUGGAGGAUCACGUGCUCAAAUCGGCAGCCCUGUCGUCUAAUAUAUUUUGCCCGACGUUCACUGACCUCCAUCUGGAUGCUUCGCCGAUCGUGAACGUUGCCGUCGAGCCGAGAUGUACAGCUGACAUGGACAAGUUACUGCAUGGCCUCAAACUGUUGAACCAGUCAGAUCCGUGCGUUGAGGUGGUCAUCAAGGAAACUGGAGAGCACGUGAUUGUUGGGGCGGGAGAGGUCCAUCUCAACAAGUGUCUUGAUGAUCUCAAAAAUAGAUUCGCCCGCAUAGAAAUCAACGUAUCAAAGCCCACAGUCCCCUUCCGAGAAACAAUAAUUCCAUUGCCGGUUCUUGAUAGGGUCAACGAAGUCAUCAGCGACCAAUCACAGAAGUCUAAAAAACUUGAAAACAAUCGACCGUCGUCCAGUAGUUACCAGAUGGAGACUAGCGAAGGGUGGUGCAUUAAAGUGAAAGCAGUCCCGAUACCGAAUCCCUUGGUCCAACGAUUAAACGAUUAUUCGCAGUUCAUAAAAUGCGCUUUGAUUGAAUUGCGGACAAAAUUGUCUGAAACUGAAGACGAUGAUGAAGAGCAGGUAAGUCCCGAGUGGGAGAAGGAGUUUGUAGAAAAAAUUUGGUCGAUUGAUUUCAAGAGGAACUGUUCCAACAUAUUGGUGAAUAAUGUUGCCGGGUAUUUGAGGCCAUCAUUUUGGGACCUCAUCUCUGAUGAAGAUAAGUCUACUUUUAAAAUGUUGAGAGCAUACGAUCGAUCUGUCAUAAAUGGAUUUCAAAUGGCAGUCGAUGCUGGUCCGAUGUGUGAGGAGCCGAUGCACGGAGUCUGCUUUGUGGUGGAGGAAUGGUCCAGGAAGAUGGAGGAGGAUAAUGGGAAUGAUGAAGAAGAAAAGAAUGAUGACGACUGUGGCGACGAGAAGAAAAAUGGUGACGGUCAUGAAGAUUUUACUCUGGUUAAUGGUAAAAAUUCGAACGAAUCAGACGAGAUUGAAAAUCAAAAAUCAAAGAACACCAGGCAAGCAAACACGACAACGCCAGCUGCCGUCAAGAAAAACAGAAGUGACUUCGGAUCAUUGUUGUCCUCUGUUAAGGAAUGCUGUCGAAAGGCGUUUGAGAUGCAACCACAACGUCUGAUGUGGGCCAUGUACACCUGCGUCAUCCAGGCCACCUCCGAAGUUUUAGGAAAAAUGUACGGAGUGCUUGGAAAACGCCACGGUCGAAUAUUAAGUGAGGAGUUGAGGGAAGGUUCGAACGAGUUUGAAGUUACCUCCGUCCUGCCUGUCGUCGAAAGUUUUGGAUUCGCCGAUGAAUUCAGGAAGAAGACCAGUGGGUAUGCUAUUCCUCAACUGACCUUCACUCACUGGACGGUGAUUGAUAUCGAUCCGUACUGGGUACCGACAACAGAAGAGGAGUACAUCCACUUCGGGGAGAAGGCGGACAGUGGCAAUCUUGCCCGCAUGUACAUGAAUCUCGUGAGAAAGAGGAAGGGCCUUCAAGUCCUCGAGAAACUUGUCGAGUUCGGAGAGAAGCAGAGAACGUUGAAGAAAAAUAAAUAAUAUCUUUAUGCAUUUAUUUUUUUUUUACAUUAUUCAUGAAGAAUCUUAUAAACAUUUAUUCACAUUUAGAAUGCAUAUUAUAUCGGUGUAUUAUUUUCAGAUAUAUUUUAUUGGUUAUGUAUCUACAUUAAUUAGGUCGUUUUAAACUGUGUCACCAACAUCGAAAGUAUGUAUAUUUGAUUAAUAAAUGAUAAGCAAUGGAAGCAAAUAGUCAGGAAAUAAAUUUUGUUAAAAACAUUUC